AAACACAUGCAUUAUGCAUUCCGUUUUAAUCAACGCAGUCCUGAAAAGCUCCCCCGACCAUGACCUCCUGCUCGAAUCCCUCCUCUGGCCGAGCGAGUCUCGUCCAGAGCCGCAGCGGGUGGACGCGCUGACGGCUCUCAUAGAGGGACUCGGACCCUCGCUGUCCCACCCGGACUCUUCUCCUGACGCGCUCGCGAAAAGGAGUCGUAUUCACGACAAAAUCGACUCGGUCAUUUGGACUAAAUGUCUUCCUUUGCUGUGCAGAUUAUCAGCAGAAUCAGGGGGGGAUGCCGGCUGCAGGGAGAGCAUCUCCGCCGUGUGCAGACUGCUGAGCGCCUGCGUGGCGCUGCGCGGAGCAGCUGCAGGCAGGAGAGCAGCUCUGGCCGUGCUGCCCUCCCUGCAGCCCUGCGAGGACCACGGAGCAGCAGCAGGGACACUCUCUGUAGAAGUUGCAAUCGAAUGCAUGGCGUGUCUUAUACCGUUUAUUUCCACUGAUGAUCAGCUCACAGACAGCACCUUGUCGUCCGCCUUGUUCUCGAUCAGAUCCCUCCCCGACCAGCUGGUCUCCAAGAUCACGGUCAGGAUCCUCUCCACGCUGCUGAGGUGCUGCGGUGGUGCGAGGACACGGAUCCUGGAGGCCGUCCUGGAGGAUCUGAUCCGCUGGCACAAACAGGACGGCAGCCCGGGGGUGACGGAGCGGGCGCUGCUGUGUCUGGCAGCGCUGUCCGACCACCUGCUGAGCCCUCACACACACCCGGCCCCCUGCACCCGUCAGCCUGACCCUCGUCUGCGCCUGCAGUUCUGGAGGAUCGUGCAGGAUGGACUGGUCCACGGGGACAGCGUGUCGCGCAAGAGGGCCCUGUACCUGCUGAAGAGGUGUGCAGCGCUGUCUGCACAGGAGGGGGUGGACUUUCCUCCUUCUGCUUCAGAUCAAGAUGAAACCUUGUUCAAGUGGGCCCCCAACAAGACCAGAGUGCUUAAAGAGUUUUGGGAAGAUUAUGCUUUGGUGAUGGAGACUCUGGAGGAAAACCAGGUUCAUGUGGUCCGGCCAGUCCUGAACAGAAUAGACACAUUGAUCCAAACGACGGUGGAUGACAGCCAAGGUUUGAGUCUCUUCCAUCCGUCCUGGUUGCUGUGUGUGUACCAUCGCAUGUUCCACAGUGAGAAUAAAUCCCUCACAAGAGAGGGAGUGUGCCAUCUGCUGGAGCUGCAGGUCCUCCAGCACCCAGCCUUUGCGUUGGCCUUCUCUCAGUUUAUCGUUGGCCCCUUUAUGGGUGUUCUCUCUGAAUCAUCACUCUUCUGCAGGUCAGCUGGGCAGAGUAUAGGAGACUGUCCUGAGCUAGCAGUUAAACUGCAAGUCUUCAUGGCGUCCUUCUUCACCAGCCUGCCAUCAGAGGAUCGAGGUGGUGUGUUGCUUCAGCUGAUUCAGCGUCUGGGGGCGCGGCACUGGUCCGCAGUACCAAUCCUCUUCAUCAGUCAGGCCUUGUCCAAACUCCCCACCGGUCAGCUGCUUGGGAUCAGCGGGCUCACUGCUUUAAGGGAGGUGCUGCUCUGCACAAUGAUCACCCACCAGGUGCUGCUGAGAGGAGCUGCCCAGUGUUUCCUGCUGAACAGCGCCCUCUGUCGCACAGCCGUGAGUGAAGUAACCCUUGAUGAUAUUUUUAGUUUCCUGAUGCAUUUCCGUGCUGAUGAGUCACUGUGUCGGGGCACAGAGCUCUGGAAUCAGUUGUGUGUCUGGUUACUGGAGCACGAAGGCAGUUUCAAGUCCAGGAUUACAGAUGGAGAUUGUGCUGAUCUGUUGACAGAAAAGGAAACGGUAAAAGCUCAUGUUCAAGAGGAGAUGCUGGCUUAUCUCAGGGUGCCAGCUAGCACAGGUCAGAAUGAAAGGCUCCCCGACCCGAGAGAGGCAGACAAGCUGGCCAGAGCCAUUCUGCUGUGCGUGGACAUGGAGAAGAAUCGGCCGGGAGCAGAGAUCAACAGCACUCUGGAUUCAUUGCUGUGUCCGCUGCUAGACACCCUGAGUAGAGUCAGCACCAAUAUAUAUCUGCCUCUGCGAAAAAGUGAUAAGAGCCUGCAGCUGGUGCUCAGUCUGUUGCAGCUUGGAGCAAUGCCACACUGUCAGCGUGUAGGAGUGGAGCCAGGGGACGAUGUGACGGUCGCCAUGCAGAAGCUGCUUCUCAGACUCAUCGAUCCAAUCCAGGAGUUUCUCUUAAGGCGACUGUGUGGGGAAUUGCAGGAGCUGUAUGACGUGGAGCGAGCAGAGCUGUAUCUGUGUGUCCUGAGGCAGCUGGCUGUGAUGUGUCGUUCCUCAUUGCAGCACUGCAAUAAAGUUCAGCAGAAUGUGCUCCCUAAACUCAUCAAGUACGCUCUCUCAGUGCUGCAAGAACCAGCCCAACAGAUCCCUUCAGUAGCGAACCAGGUGAUGAAGGUGGUUGCUAUGGCGUCCCUGGCUGCUGUAUGUGGAAUAAUGGAGCAAGAAGAUACUGGGAUGCAAUCACAAACCUUUUCUGCUCUCAAGUCACUGAAUGAUUACUUUUACGGUCCAGUGGCUUCUUCACAACACCAGGAUUCUCUAGGAAACGUCAAUAAACAUCUGAUAAAACCAAAGCUUACAGACUGUUCAAGUGAUCUUGAAGCGCAAGGUCUCGUCCUGCAGGACUGGGGACUCGUGGCUGCAAACUUUAUGCGGGAUCAGUGGAUCUGUUUGAACUUCCUCAUUAAAGCUGUCAGUAUUCCUGAGUCUGCUGGACAUUCAGAAGCGUCUGGGACUCUCAAGGCUGCUCUGUCUUGCAGUGUUGAGGCCCUGGCUCUGCUGCCCAGUGACCUGGUGCUGCCUGUGCUCGCAUUUAUGGAGUCAGUGCUACCCCAACUGGUGCAGGAUGAAGAGGCCCUCUGUGUGCAGGCUGUGAAUCUGAGCUGGGAGCUGGUAAAGGGGCUCAGCACCAAUCCCCGUGACUUUUGGCCGGCCCUGAAAGGCUUCGUCGCCAUGACUUUCCAGCAUAAACUGCUCAGGUUGACGGACGCCGAGGCUCCGACCCUCACGGCUACCCUGGAAGAGAUAGCUGCAGAGUUUUUGGAGCUGUCUCAGUCGAAGAGCGGAGUGUUUGGCGUGCUGGUUCAGCACUGCUGUCAGAUGUGGACACCCCAACAUCCAGACAGGGACGAGCAGGCCGACAACGUCUUUUCUAGUGUUUUCAACCACGUGAACAUUGUCACGGAAGCUUGCGUCUAUGGGCCCGUGUUCAGGAGAGAUCAAAGACUUGUGCAAGAUGUCCACAUAUAUGUGGAGAAACUUGGUGACAAGUGUGCCGCUAAUGUUGCCGUAACAAGUGAUAACAGGGACGAUCAGUUGCCACGCCUGUGUGUGUUAACGUUCCUCAACCACCUGGAUUCCUGUAACCUGCAGCAUGAAAGACUCGUAGAGCAGCUCAUCAUGGAGUUGCUGAAAAAGGAUAGUGACAUAUCAAAGUCAAAAACACGUUACUACAGUAACUCCCUGCAACACCGGGUGAAAAACAGAGCCUGGCAAACAGUGCUGCUGUUGCUGCCCAAACUCAGAGAGGAGUUUGUUGCCACUCUGUUGAACCAUGUGUUUCAAGCUGGAUUCUGCAGUAACCAUGCCUCGGUGAAGUACCUGAUCGAGUGGAUGAUGAUUCUGAUCCUCGUCCGUUACCCACAACACAUCAACAGCUUUUGGACUUGCUUUAACACGGUUCAGGAGAAGACGAAGACAAGCGUCUGCACCUUCCUGUCAGUCCUGGUACAUUUCAGUGUCAUUGUUCCACAUCUUAAAGAUGAGGUACUGCAGCUGCGUAAAGCGCUUGACGUCAUCCUUCAGUCGUGUUUCAAUCACAACUUCAGCGUGCGCCUGUACGCCUUACUGGCGCUGAAGAGGGUGUGGAGUCUUGCAGAAAGGGUGGCCGAGGAAGAAGCCGGCGCUUUGAGCGGCCUGUCCUCGGUAGUCCAGGCCUGUCUGGACCAGGCCGAGGCCAUGCAGAGCACCGGAAAUGCCAACAAGAACUGGAUUAGGAUUCAGGAGCACUUCUUCUUCAGUGCCUUUCAUCCCAUCAGGGAUUACAGUAUUGAGACUAUAUUCUACACUUUCCCCAGUCUGUCGGAGUUAGCUGCCGAUGAGUGGAUUCCGCCGUGGAAGUUUGAGAAGCUGUCAGGGUUUUCUGAAAGUCCAUCGUUUCCUUUGAGAAACCCUUCUCCCGACUUGGGCCAACUGCAGCCCGGAGACUGGAUUCAGCAAGACAUCGGUGAACAAGAUAAAGAGGAGCGAUGGGCCGAUGUGCAGAAAAAGAUCAUCCCCUGGAGGUUGGGGAUCCAGGAGGUGGAGCCUGAACUUCAGCUGGUUCCUGCACAAAGGGCCGCUCGACUGGGCAAGCAGCACGGCGCCCUUCUGGUCGUGGCCUCGCUUAUUGACAAGCCCACCAAUUUGGGAGGUCUUUGCAGGACCUGUGAGAUAUUUGGUGCCAGCGCUCUCGUCCUGGACAACCUUCGCCACGUCACUGACAAACACUUCCAGUCACUGAGCGUCUCAUCGGAGCUGUGGCUGCCUUUGGUGGAGGUGAAGCCUGUGGAGUUGCCCGACUUCCUGCAGCUGAAGAAGGAUGAAGGCUACUGUAUCGUUGGAGUGGAGCAGACUGCCAACAGUCAAAGCCUGACGGACUACCAGUUCCCAGAGAAGACCCUGCUGCUUUUAGGCAAUGAACGGGAAGGCAUCCCUGCCAGUUUACUGCAGCUGUUGGACGUGUGCGUGGAAAUCCCACAACAAGGAGUCAUCCGAUCUCUCAAUGUACAUGUGAGCGCCGCCCUGUUGAUUUGGGAAUAUACACGACAGCAUCUCGGCUGCGGCUCAUCUGAAGUCGACUCCAAACACAGCUGAAGAACGAGCGGGGCGUGCUGGUUAACCUUCAGAAGACUCUCAUCCUCUUCUGAGCCUGGACUCCAUCACAUCAGGGAUGUGCGUGGUCAGCAGUCUUCAGCACUGCUCCUGUGCCUUAAUGAGAGUCAUGCAUAAACAUCACUUCUAGGUAUAAUAUAUACAUAUUUCAAUGGCCAUAUGUUACAUAAAUGGAGGAAGUGUCUUAAGGCAGAACGGAAACAUAAAUUAUAAUUUUAUCCCUUAAAGAGAAGAUGUAUUGUUUAUGUGAGCAGUUAUUUCUGGAUUAUAGUUCACUCCCGGUAUUGCCUUUGGCAGGACUUUCUACACUUGGUCUUUAA